AUUCUCCUCCUGUUCUUGUUUUCAUACUCCCCCUCGUGGACCAAGCUGUCAAAAAUAAUUUCAAGGAAAAACAUUCCUAAACUUUCCUCUGUUCCUUUACAGAUCCAAUUUAAAAUUCUGAGGGGACACAGUGAUGCUGUGAGCUCCUGCCACUUUUGCUUUGAAGACACAAAAAUGCUUUCAUGCUCUUACAAUAGAACAGUGAAGCUCUGGGAUGUUGAGAAAGGUUUUCCUGUUCAAGUUUUUGAAGACGAACACACUGCCCCAAUUUCUGAGUGCAUCUUGACUCCUGAUGACAGAAGAGUGGUAACAUCAUCAUAUGAUAACACUGUUAAGGCUUGGGCUGUGGAAACAGGAAAAAUACUGUGGACGGUAGAACAUGAAGGCAUUGUAAUUAGUAUUUCUUAUAAUGGCAGAUAUGUGGUAUCUAAUUUAGACAAAGAAAAUACCAUAUAUGUUUUUGAUGCAGUAAGAGCAACAUUACCGGCACAUACCCAAAGUCAUCACAAAAGUACAAUCACAAGAUGUUGUUUUGACCCAGAUAACCAAAAAGUGACUUCAGUAUCAUAUGACAAGGCCAUAAAGCUAUGGGAUAUGGUGACACGAUCCACUUCAAUUACAAUUAAUGAGUAAGAAACAGGGACAAGCAAUGCUAUCUCAGAUUGCUGCUGUACCGCUGAUGGUCAUUACUUGUGCACAGCAUCCUGGGACAAAAGCUUAAAAAUACGGGAUAUAAAGACAGGAGAAUUUUAGUGUCAUGAACCCGUUUCCUUGAACCAAAGACAUGAGGGUUCUGUUAGUUCCUGCCAUUUCAGCCAGGGUGCAUCACUUGUGUCUGGUGGAUAUGACAACACUAUAGCUAUAUGGGAUACAGAUGCAGCCUAUAAAAGGUUAAGCUUAAAGGGACUUAAAGUGGGGCGAAAUAGUCACAGCUGAGCAUGUGACACCCUGGAAUGCAGUUAAGCUGUGGAAUACAAAGAGAUCCAAGUAGAUGAUUGCAGCAUGUAAUUGAGGCCCAGUCCUCCCUUGGUAUCUUCCACUGUGAGCCUUGGGCCAUCGAGACACAGCGGGAUGGUGGGACGGGAGCCUAGCCCAGGUUCAGUCUUCCUGCAGUUAGGUCACGCUGGUGCUAAGGCUCUUCGAUAGCGCUGGCAACGUUCGCGGAUUCGCAGAUGCAUCUGGACUGUUUCUGGGAAAAGGGGCCUGACUGCCUUUGUCUUGCUGAUGGGGUAGAAAAUCAACUUUCAAAUAAAACUUUUUAUGGGUUUAAGUAAAGUUAUUCCUUCAAAAUUUAGUACAUAGGAGUACUUUUAGUCUUCUUGUUGAAGGUGCUUAUUAGCUAUUUACAUUAUUUUCUGCUUACCUACAGAAAUAUAAGUAAUACCUGUUUUUACAGGCUACUAUUUUUCUGUCGAGAUACUUUUCCUAUUUUAAUCUCUCAAAAUAUUGCAACAUCUUACAUGAGGGUGUGUGAUUAUUGUAUCAAUAUAUAGUUGAAAUUGCCUGAGAAGAGGUAAAUGUCAUUGGUAGCUUGUGAUAAGUAUUUAGAAAAUACUUUAAAAUCUUUCUAAUUGUAAAAAAUGCUGUGUUUUGAUGCCAAGCCUAAACCAAAUGGCCACAGUCUGUAAGAAAGAGGGAUGCAUACUAUAUUUCUUAUGACAUAUUCCCAUAAUGACUGCUUCCUUCAAAUGGAAUAAAGUAACACCUGGUAAAGACAGGGAAUCCUUGCAAGUUAAGUAUGAUAAACGAUAACCUUUUGUAAAAGUGUAUUAUAGGAACUCACAUAUGACCCUGACAGAUUCAUGCAAUAAAUACAAAUCCCUAGAACUGUUAAUUGUGCUCUGAUCCUUUUAUUCACAGAGCAUACAGUGUUCAACAUUUUUAGAGCUGUAAUGAAUCUCUGAAAUCAUAUUAAGGUGGUAUCAAAGCAUAAUUUAAUUGCCAGUAGCAAGUAUACUGUUUAAUUAUUUGAGCUGGGAGAGUGAAUUCACCUGCCUUUGAAAAUUUGGGAUGAAGUAAAACAGUAUAAG